AUGUCUUUUAGUUCAAAUAUUUUUAUUUUAUUAAGAAAUACAUCAUCAUCAUUAACAUCAACAACAACUACAAUAAAAUCAUCAUCAUCCUCAACAACAACUACAAUAACAGCAGCAAUAACAACAACAGCAACAGAAGUAAUAACAUCAUCAAUACCAACAUCAAUUUUACUAAAGCAACCUAUAGCAAUUCAUCUAUUAAAUAAUUCUACGAAAGAAAGUGGAAAAAAAUAUCUUUUUCUUUACGAAAUAAAAUAA